UGCAUCUCAAGGCCCUCGUAACAGCCAAACCGAAGGGCUCGAUGGGCGGGUGUCCCGCUCGUUUCAUGCCGAAAUCAGAGGGCAGCAAGCCAGCUGCAGCUGAGCCUCUUCCCUACGUGUCACCAGAUUCGUUGCGAGGGCGAGACCAGGUCUUAUAUCGAUUUCUCAGGGGUGAGGACCGUGAUGAUGUUCAAGGUCGGACCUUGGACAAGAUUCUGCUUUGGAGAGACGAUCAAUUGGAGGCCGUGCAUGACUACGUCCAGUGGAUUUUUCCAACAGAUGAAGCAUCCAUGUUCAACAGCCAAGCACCCCUACUUUCGCCUCAACUGCAAGCAGUUUGCCACCAAGAUGAGAAAAUAAAGGAGAACUUCGAUCGCAUUUUGAUGCGAUUCCUCUCCUUCUUGGGCUUGCAAAUGGAGACGAUUGAGGGCAAACAGAUUAAGAUUUCGAAAGCCGAACACUUUGAGACCAGACGACGUGAUUGCUGGUCUGCAGUCUUCGGAAUGAACCACAACUGGCUGAGGAUCUCACGGGUCUUACAUUGUCUUGGAAUGGUGGGAAAGAAGGAAGAACAGCGUGCCUUGAUGGAAUUCCUGGAGACCAUGCCAAAAGACAUUCCGGAAGUCAGGAGCUCCAUUCCUCACUGGCGCGGACGAGCACAAGCUAGCUAAUCGACUUUUCCUCCAUCAGCUCUGCUGAAAUUACAAGCUCUCACUGGGUGUUUUUUGCACUAUGCCUUAUGUACAGUACAGAAUGCAAGCCUUCUCAGCCCAAGGCGGAAGGCUCAAGCAGCGGUAGACAUCGAGAGCAUGUGAG